UAAGCAAACCUCAACGCCACACUCCUCUCCCAUUAUCUCAUUCCUCCCAACAACUCAUCACCCACCAAAAAAAACAAAGAAAAAUGGGCGACAAGGAAACCACCUACUACUUCCCACCACCAGAGUACUCCGACCUCGACCUCAGCUUCAACUCCACCACCACCACCAGCUCCCGCCCCAGCCUCGCCCGCUCCAGCCUCACCCUCUCCUUCAACGACUCCCGCCUCUCCUCCGCCGCAACCACCACCCCAACCACCCUCCACCAACGCCCCCACCGAAACUCCGACCCCCAUUGGUCCGCCAUCAAGGCCGCCUCCACCCUCUCCUCCACCGGAUCCAUCCACCUCCGCCACCUCAAGCUCCUCCGCCACCUCGGCACCGGCAACCUCGGCCGUGUCUUCCUCUGCCGCCUCCGCGACUACGACCACAACACCCAGUUCGCCUUGAAGGUCGUCGACCGCGACUCCCUCUCCUCCAAGAAGCUCAGCCAGGUCCAGACCGAGGCCCAGAUCCUCUCCCUGCUCGACCACCCUUUCCUCCCCACUCUCUACGCCCACAUCGAGGUCUCCCACUACACCUGCCUCCUCAUCGACUACUGCCCCAACGGCGACCUCCACUCCCUCCUCAGCAAACAGCCCUCCAACCGCCUGCCGCUCGAGUCCGUCAGGUUCUACGCGGCCGAGGUUUUAAUAGCGCUCGAGUAUCUGCACGUCAACGGCGUCGUCUACCGGGAUUUAAAACCAGAAAACAUUUUACUGCGCGAGGACGGGCACGUCAUGCUGUCCGAUUUCGAUCUUUGCUUCACGGCCGACAUGGUCCCCAGGUUGGAAACCCGGUCCCACCGGCCCCGCAGGUCCACAGCAAAAAAAACCCGGCGUUGCCGCCACUGCUUCGGUCACCGGCGACCGGAGGAGGAGGAGGAGGUGGUGAGGGAGUUCGUGGCGGAGCCGACGGCGGCGUUUUCGAAGUCGUGCGUCGGAACCCACGAGUACCUGGCGCCGGAGUUGGUUACCGGAAACGGUCACAGCAACGGGGUUGACUGGUGGGCGUUCGGGGUUUUCAUUUACGAAUUGUUGUACGGCACAACGCCGUUUAAGGGAGGGAGCAAAGAGGCCACCCUGCGCAACAUUGCGUCGAGCAGGGUGGCGAGGUUCCCGGUGCAGGACGAACAAGAGGGAGUACCGGGAAUGGCAGAAGCGAGGGACCUGAUAGAGAGGCUGUUGGUGAAGGAUCCGAGGCGGCGGCUGGGGUGCGCCAGGGGCGCGACGGACAUCAAGCGCCACCCGUUUUUUAACGGGAUAAAGUGGCCGUUGAUUCGGAUGUAUAAGCCGCCGGAGGUGCGCGGGCUUGUCGUGAAGAAGGCGGGGAGGUCGCACGUGAGCCACGUGACCGGGGGGGCAUUGUCGCCGAGGAGACGGCGUUGGUGGUGGAACGGGUUGAAUAGUAUAAUGAGGAGGCAUAUGGGGUCUAAGCGCAAUUUAAAUUCUAACCAGAACUACUAUUGUUAUGCCAAUAGUAGUGGUAAGGUUAGGAAAUCUGGGUGAGAUUUUCAAUUCUUUUGUUUCUUGUUUGUAUCGGUGAUUUUUUUUACUAUACGAUUUUCUUCGACUUUGUCUGCUUUCAGAUUCGAUCCCUAUAAAAAAAGAAGAGGUGAGAGGGAAUAUCAGUUUUCUAUGUUUUUUGUUAAAAGAGAAUUGAUAAGUGGAUGUAAAUCGAAAGAGAAAUUAGAAAUAGAAGUUUUAUGUUGAGGUUCUAAUCA